AUGAGAAAACUCCAGCCGUUGCUCAUCUCUUGCCUUGGGAAAGAAGAAAUCCCCGAGAACACGUUCAAGAUCCUCGGCCAAGUUGUGCAACAUGUUGCAAAAGAGAUCAUCAACGUCCAGGAGGACACAUGGGAAGAUCUACGUGACUAUAUUACAUCUCAUUGUCAGCAAACAGAGUUCACUAGAGGAUGCUACAUCUUCAGGUGCUUGAACAUGCCCCUUGAUGAAGAAGACUUUGUGAUUCCUGUGAUGGAGAAACUUCUCCCUGAGAUAAGAAGAAUGCUAAACCCACCAAGAAAGGUGUUGGUAGAUAACUUUGGAUGGGUCUUGGCGUUUACAGGUGCCUUCUGUGCGAUCAUUCACAUGGUAGAGAUUGAAUCUCACGCUGAAUCUGUGCAAGAGAUUGAAGACAAGAUGAUAGAGUCAGUGACACAUCUUGUGGGAAGAAAAAUGGAGAUUGGGAUUGUUAGGAGAGCUUUCAAAGAUAUGGAAACAAUUGUCAAGGAACAACUGGAAUGGUACAGUUUAGAUGAAUUCACAUUCGUUAUGCGUCUGCUUCAGAGGCUUCUCACAAUCCAAGGCAUGAGAAAGGAUAGUAAGCUGCUGUUGAUGGGAAUCAACUUUAUGGUUGAAAGGGUAUUGGUUAACCGUGGGAUAGUUCACUGA